GGCCCUUGAAAUAUUUUUUCAAUGUCAAAAUGGCGAUGCCAUCACUCAUGCUCUCGAGGUCGUGUCGAUCUUGCUCUAGAUUCUCCUCGUUUUUCCACACAAAUAAUCGUUAUGCUAGUAGUGUUGUAUCAGUAAAUACUUCAGAGGAAAUUCCCGGCGAAGAAAUUCAAUAUCCGCCUAUCAAACCGAGAUGGCCGCCAGGAUCAUGGGGAAACAUGACCGAAAAGAGAUCUUGGUCAAUCUGGGAACAAUCAAACAAGUUAAAAGACACGAAGUUGAAGCUAAAAGAUCGUUUCGAAAUGUUAUCACCAUCUCCAGAAGUUACUUGGAAAUGCCCCUCAGUUCAGCAUUAUCCCAGGUCUUUUGAAUAUCAACAAUACGUGACCAAAACUCACAUGGCUCCUGGAAUGCCUGAAGUUUAUGAACAAAUGGAAGAAGAGGCGAUGGCUUAUUUACAGCGUAUAAAACCAUUAAUCGAAAGGGUUAUUUUAUUUGAAAAUUUCCUUAUUGACAGAAACAUAAAAUAUACACGAUACAAUAAACUGGAUCCUGAUAACGUAACAUUUCUCCAAACCGAAAAAAUUAUCAAUUGUUUGCUCUCGGUUCUAGCUCCUGAUUUCCCUCAUCUACUGACUAGCCAGUUUGCAGAAAAUGUUCGAGUCCGGGCAUUCUGGGACCGUUAUGGUAUUCCUACGAAGCCCUACAUAUUAAGGAAGGAUAGGGAAUUUCAGCGUUUUGAGAAAAUGUACAGCCGUUUUAACACAGAAUUCAUCUGUUCUCAAAUCCGCAGUGAGAAGCCUCUUAUGCCGUUUGUUCCCCGGGACAGCCCUUUGUGUACUGAGAGUGAAUAUUCACAGUUCUGCUACUGGCCAAGUGAUUUAUCUCAACAAAAUGAAAAAGUGAAGAAUAUUUGUAUACCAGGAUUCUUUCAUGGUGAUCCAUGUGAAUUUGGCCUGGUAUCAUUUCAUUGUUCAUCUCAGAUGAAAAGAAAAAUAAAGCAGUUUGGUCCUGAGAUCACUUACGAGUUCCAGAAAGGUCUUGGUCUAAUCACAUCCUUUGCUUGGACAGUAGCCCAAGCAUAUUUCCUAGGUUUUAGCUCAUUUGUAGAGCUAACUUAUCCACUUACCACUCAGACAGUGAUCACUGAUGGACAGAAGUUCUCAUUUUUUGCUUACCAACUUAACACACUGGAGAUGUGGAAGGAUGACGAUGGCAACAACCUGAAGAACAUCUGUUGGCACACUGAAGAAGAAAAUCUUUAUGAGCUCAAAGAUGGUCAGAUCCAGAAUUUCAAUGACAAUGUUUUAAAGCAACUGAUUAAGUUCUUUAUGAAUCAACCGAAGGAACCAAAUUAUCCUUUGCGGCCAUAUCUGGAGGAUGAUCCCUCUAAAAUUGAAAGGUAUCUUGAAGACAAACAAAAGAAAGUAUCUAGACGUAAUCAACGUAAAGUAACUAAUUGAUUGUAUAUU